AUGGGCAUAGCGUUGGCACGUAUUGAAAUUUGGGUACAAUCCUGUUUAGAACAAUGGAUCAAUCGCUCAUUACUAUCGAAAAAUGGAUACAAAUGUUUUGAAAAUUUACAAUCCUUUUACGAAGAUUAUCAACGUGCAGCUUUAGAUUUUUAUUAUUCGAACAAUCAAUCUACUGAUUCAAUUGGUUACAGUCGUUUUAUUCUAACAUCAUUGACAAUAAUACGUUUGAUGCAUAUAAAACUAUGUGAAGAUACGAGAUUCGAACGAUUAAAAGUACAUGCCAUUCAAAUUCCUCAUCUUCUGGAUCUAUUCGAAUAUUUAGUCUUACCCAAUCGAGACGAUAUGAUUCGAGCUCGAGAUUUGUAUGAUUAUUUUCUAGAAUUCAAUGAGAAACCAUAUCCCGAUCUCUUAAGUAAUAUCGAUUCACAAAAUGCUUUUGGUGUUCAUUUUGCUGAACAAUCAAUAGAAAUCAAUGAAAAUCUACAAAAAAUUCAAGAACAAGUUGAACAAGAUAGAAAAGAUAAAAUCGAAGAAAUAAAUAAUGCAAAAGAAAAAUAUGAAGAACUGAUGAAAAAAGUCAAUGAUCUUAAGUGUGAAUGUGAAUCGAAUAUUUAUUAUCCAUACCGAAAAUGUGAUCGAUGUACUAUCAUAAAAGAAGCAGAUAAUAUCAAAGUGAAUAUUUACGAAUGCCCAAUACCAUCCGAACGAAGAAGUGCUUUGGCUGUUAUGUUUGAGUUACAAAUGCCAAAUGAAAUCCGCUGUUAUCGAGAUAUACUUUGGCAACUUGUUAAUCGUCCUAAACCGAAUCCUUCGAAUAGUAUGGACGAAUGGUUAAGCAUUCGUCCUCAUCAGAGUAAACUGAGACAAUAUUUCAAAGGUUCAAAUAAUUGUAAAGUAAAAUUGGUAUCUAAAACUAAGUCGAUAACAGAAAGUCAUUAUUCAAUUGCGCGACAUGUCAUAUCAACACCUUUGGAAGAAUAUUUUUACGAAAAUGGUCUGCAAGUUCAAAUAUCUCCAACUAAAAUAAAUGAGUUUCAAGAUGAAUAUCGAACAUUAACACCCGAACUGACGGAUUCAAAUUACAAAGAUUUACAAUUUUCUAUUGAUAACACAGAAUUUGCACAAAAUCGAGUCAUAGCUGAAUUAUCAAAGUGUUCACUGAAAUUAAAGUCAGCUGAGUUUGUUGAAUUUGGUUCAUUUCGUUCUGGUCAUCGUUUACAGUGGUGGAAUCUUUUAAGUAUUCUUGAAUUAGAUUCAUUAUCAAUGGAUGAAGAAAGUGUUGUUAUACUCAUAACACAUGCACUUUUACAAUAUGGUCCAUUGACAAAAGAUCGAAAAUCAUUGAUUUGUUCAUGGUGUCCAGAAUCACAUCAACAAUUAUUAGAAGAUCAUUUUGUUGAUGAAUUAAUUAUGAGAUUGGAUCGUCAUUUGAAAGAUUGUGAAUGUAAUUGGCAAAAUGAAUUGAUGUUAGUAAUUAUAACAGUGAUUGUCAUGAGAGUAUUCACUAUAUGUAAUUCAACACGAAAAGAUCAAAUGACUAAUUUAGUUUUAAAAUGUCGUAAAACAGGUGAAAAAUGGAUUCAACUCAUUUCGAAAAGUAUUCAAAAUCCAUCUUUACCUGAUUUUGAUAAAAUAAAUGCAUUACGUGAUAAAAUCGUCAUUAUUGGUAUAACGUAUCUGCUGACAUAUUCAAUAUAUACAGAUAGUAGUAAUAGUUUAGUAUUAUCAAAUCAAGACGUUAUUUCCUUAUUGACAAUAGCAACAACUAUUCAUGACAAUAAUAUUUUAAACAAGAAAACAGUUCAUAUGAGUGUAUUUAUGAGAAAUUUGAUGCGUUAUAGUGAACGUGUGUUAUUAUCAAUUCAUCCAAUCAUAAGCAAACUUCUUCAAGAAAAUUCCUAUGAAAUUUUAAAUGAAUUUUGUUCUAUUCAUUGGGCAGUAGUACGAACUAAAGGUGUAAUGGAUGGUAAGUGGAAGAAAAGAAACAAAGAUAUAUAUGAUGGUUGGUAUGAUGGUGAAUAUGAAUCGAAUAAGAUAUCGAUUGAUUGUUUAAGAGGAAGAUUUUUUGUUAAUAAGAUGACAAUUGGGUUUUUACCGGAUAGAAUAACUUCAGAUGAGUUAUUUCGUCGUGUAUUUCGUCAACAUAUUUUUGAAGUCCAAGCAGCUGAAUCAGAAGAUAGUUACAUCACAAAACAUGGAUAUCAUGCUGAUGGAAAUGUUUACUAUGAAUUCACUUAUGAUUAUGGAUAUUAUGGAAAUCGAGGAUUGAUAGUCUAUGAACGGCACAUAAAAACAAACGAUAAGUUUGAAUUAAUUCCUCCGAGUUGUUUCGACGAGGAAUUACCAAAUAUUUUUGUGUCGAAUUAUAGCCAUUGGAGAGAUAUAAACUAUGAUCAAAUCGAAUUUCGACCAAUUUGUUUUCAAGAUUCGAAUUUUAUAACUGACAAACAAUACAUAUUAACAAUGGAAAAAGGACAUACCAUGACGAGCGACCUUGAAAAUAUCCAACUAUUGAUAAAUCGUUCAUCUUCAUUCUUUCAGAGUUUGUUUACUCGAUAUUUCAUUCGUCUCGACGAUGAACCUUAUGUAUAUAUGUUAAGAGAGAAUGACAUUAUUCACAUUCAUUUAUCUCGGUUAGGCAUUGCUUUCAAAUACAAUUGUCGUAACAAAAUAAUAACUUCUCGUGAAUAUUCGGAUAUGUACAUCGACGAAGAUCAAUGCUUCGGAACAUUGACAGGUUUGAAAUCAGGUCUUCUUCUUUCACCAAUUGCAAAAAUUAAGCAAAAAAAUAGACAUUAUCUAUGUCGAAAAUUAAUUGUUCCCUUUGGACAAGUUCAAGCAAACAAGAAAUCGGGUGAUGAUCAUCAAACUGUGACUAUAGAACGAAAAUCAUCAUCAUUAUCAACAUCAUUUAUUCAUCAAUAUUUUGUUUUUAUUUUGAAUGAUCGAUUACAUAUUCUUCAACCAACUGAUAGUCCAACAGGUUGGCUCUAUUUAGCAUUGUUACAUGCAAUGACAUCGCAUCCUUUACCCGACCAAUAUACAGGAAUGACUGGUAUGGAACGUUCUUUUCAAUUGUUGCAUUCAGCAGGUUGUUGGUCUGAUCAACCUUAUGAUUCAAUUACUCGAAAUAUUCUUCUUCAAAUUGCAACUAUUUCACCCAAAGUUAAUUUUUAUCCAGAACAUCUCACUUGUAUGGUACAAAUAGAUUGGAACGAGAGUAGUUUACCGUAUUCUAUGCAACAUUUCGGUUAUUAUUUGAUAGUAAAAAAAUUAGUUGAGACAAGUGAAGAUUGGAAUUUCAUGCAUCCAUCAUCUACCUCGAAUGAUGAAAUACAAAAACUCUUUCAAAGCAAAAAAUAUAAUGAAAAAUUAUUAGCUAAACUCUAUUGGGACUAUCGAGAUUCGUACAAUCUUACAUCUCGAGUAUCUGCACAAAUGGAAAAAGAGAUUCGUUGCACAAGCUCGACAAAAUCAUAUGAACCGAUCUGGGAAAGUUGUUAUUCACAUUAA